AUGACACAGGCGCUUUUGCUUGAAGUGGAAAAGUUUCGUAUGAACCUCCUUGUCUUUUACCACCGCGCUGUGGGCUGCUGUGGCACAACGGCGACGUGGGGCGCUUUAGAAGAAGCAAAGCAGAAACUGCGUGAGUUUUACUUUGAGCAGCUCUUGUUGCGACCGAAGCCAGAGAAUCGGACCCAGAAAGGCUGGCAGAACAUCCUGGAGUCAGCUCGCUUGAGUUUGGAGCCCAAGCUGGAUAGACUGAGCAGGAUCGAGGACGUUUUCGCUUUGGCUGAAAAGUGUUUGAACAAGAACCAGAGCAUCUUGGAAGAUUUUCGGUUCAUUGCAACAGACAACGUGUUUUGUGAAGCUGUAGAGUGGAGUGCUCAAGAGAACUUUGUGCACGCGACUGAAGAGGGCAAGACGUUUGAGCGUGACCUGGAGAUCUUGUCUAGGUUGGACCAGGGCGAGAACACCGGAUCGGACGUGUUCGAACAGUCGCUGGAGCCUCGAAGUGAACCACUUGACCUGACCGAGACCAGUGAGCCCACACCAAAGAGGUUGAAGUUCAAGGUGGCAUUGAAGCAGUCUGAGGGCCACAUGGUGAUGCAGGGCCAAGAGCAGAAUCGUUCUUUCAUGAGUUUGUUUCAGUCCAUGACCAUUGAGCAGCAAAGACAGUCAGAAGAAUUGAAAGAAGCGGUCACUCACCUUGGUUCCAGGAAGGAAGCUCCGACGGGGUGGACGAAGUUCAUCCCUCGACCUGACCCUUUCAAGCCCAAAGACCGAGAAGAAGAGCUAACGCAAUGGCAAGAUUGGAGUUGGAGCUUCAAGCAGUGGAUCCUUGCAAUAAGCCCUGAGAUGUAUACUGCGAUUGAAGAGGUAGAGCAGGAUUUGAGUUCGCCUUGUGAAGAAGCCACUAUGACCGACGAUGCCAUUCUACAGGGAAAGCAGCUGUAUGCAAUCCUCACGAGCAUGCUUCGGGAAAGGCCUCUCCAAAUCCUCAAGAGUGUCACCGGUGCCAAUGGAUUCGAGACAUGGCGUGUGCUAAACAAUGUGCUGGCACCCACCAAUAAGACACGAGCGCUUGCACUGUUGGGAGCAAUCUCACAGUUUCCGGCAAUGAAUCAAGGGAAUCUCCUGGAGCAGGUGCUACGUCUGGAGGACCUCUUCCGCAAGUAUGAGCAGGCGUCGGGAAAGCCAGUUCCGAAUGAGAUGCAGAGUGCAAUCUUGUUGCGUGUUUUGCCUCAGCAAGUUCGGUCACACUUGACAAUCACCAUCGGUGACGAUUCCACGUAUGAGAGCAUGAGAGACAUGAUCCUUCGGUGGGAGCGUUCUACACAGAAGUGGUCUUCGCAAAUCGUGACAGGAGGGGCACCGCAGAAACCUUCGUAUGAUGAUCCGAACGGCCCGAGCCCCAUGGAUGUCGAUCGUGUGAAAGGAUGGCCUAAAGGAAAGGGCAAAUGGGGUAAAGGGGCUGGCAAAGGUGGUGGCAAAGAUGGAGGAAAGUAUGGAGGAAAGAACGGCAAAGGCAAAGGUGGCAAAGGAGGAUAUGAGAGUCGUCCAGGCAAAGGAAAAGGCUAUGAGAAAGGAGGAAAAGGAAAACAGUCCUCAUGGAGCAGGAAUGAUUGGAGCAAAGGAGGAAAGGACAGAGGAAAGAAAGGAGGAAAGGGCAAAGAAAGGCUUUCUCAUGAUGCUUGUCGAAUCUGCGGGAAGUCAGGGCACUGGGGUAAUGAGUGUUGGAUGAAGGACAAAGUUCGAAACAUCAACCAGAAUGAUGCAUCGUCCGCAUCGGGGAACAGUUCGUCCGCAUCGAGCUCAAAUUCAUCGACCGGAACAGCAAGUGUGAAGCGUGUGUUUGAUCUUGCAGACAGUGAUCGACUUGAUGUCCCAAUGACAACGGUCUAUGAGAUGGACAGCGAGGGUUCAGAGUCGUAUGUGUCAGACAAUGAGUCGUGGUGGUGCAGAGUGAUCGAACAUUCUAUGGUUGAUGGUGAGGAUGAACUGGAAGUCAUCGACUUUGCUUGGGAGGCGUACAGCGUCGUGGACAUGAGCUUAGAUGAUGCAUUGCUUGGAGAUGAAGAAUGGGUUGCACAUGCAGAAGUAAGAGGGAUCAGCAGCAGGUCUGACGAGGGCUACAGCGCUCUCUCUGAAGGGCUACCUCAGGAGGUGGUCUUGGAUUCAGGUGCUGACCUCAGUGUGAUGCCGCGAGCAUGGUUGGAAGCGAAUCUUGGAGACAGGGGUUCGAGUGCACCAGUUCGAAUGGUCGACGCCCAAGGGAAAGAGAUGAAGAACCAUGGUAGCAGGAAGAUCACCUUGGACCUAGGCCCAGCGAUGAUCCAAGAGGAGUUCUACGCGUCCGAUGUUGGUGCGCCCCUGAUCUCACUAGGGAGAUUGCUGAAGAAAGGUUGGAGCCUCGACCACAGGAAUGGACUCCUGCAUCUGUGCAAUGAUCCCGAAGAGAUAGAAGUGCCGGUCUCAUUCCGAAGGAAUAGCCUUGUGGUUGAUGCCAGAGUGUUCAUGGUCCGGGAUGAUGAGGUGAAAGAGCCAGAAGAAGAAUGUGUUCGAGCAAGCAAAGAAGGUCGGAUUAUAGUGCAACCACAUUUCAACAUCCACGGACUUUCUCCAGGGUGGAAUUUCCUCGACUGUGGUGAUCCUUGCAUCUUGAAGAGAGAUAAGGUCCGCCUCGAUCCUUCAGAUGACAUGUCAGUGCAUUUGUGGAAGUAUCGCACGACUUUGGUGUUCAGGCAGGAAGCGUGGGAGCUUGUGGACUUCCAGGAAUCCCUGGAAAGCGUGGAGAACCUGAGUGAGGUGAUUGAACAUGGCGAUGCAGCAGUCCUGAUAUUCACCAUCAUGCAUCGUACGAAAGGUGACCCCGAUCACUACGGCCUCACGCUCGUUGCUGAAGCUGGAACUUCCGAGGCAGAUGAAGUGAAAGAUUGGCCAGUUGAUCUUGAUCUGUAUGCCGAAGAGAUGAGCGUAACUGAUCCGCAUGAACAAAUGAGCCCAAUCGAUCUCCCAGGUGUAUGUGAUCAAGACGGACAUGAAGAACCGGUGGGCGCAAGUCCCGCCCCAAUGUUGAUCGGAUGUGGAGAAGAAGACCAUGUGGUAGUAGAGGGACUGCGGUUGAACGAGGAUUCGAGUGCUCGAGAACUACGAGAAGCGUGCAAAGCUUUGGGACUGGGGAUGUCUGGUUCCAAGAAAGUUAUGUUCCAGAGGUUGAUGAGUCACUCAAAGAAGAGAGCACUGGAGGAUGCGAUGGCGCUGGAGAAUGCGGCGAAACCUCAUGAACAUCAACCACGUGGAGAGCGACUUCCUAAGCAACCAACUGCUGAUGAGAUUGCCGAGCAUGAGCUCACUCAUGUACCGUUCAAGGAAUGGUGCAGCUACUGCGUGAGUUGCAGAUCAAGGAGAGAUGCUCACCGUCAGGAUGGAGAACAACAUGACACCGAUGGCGGGGACCCAAUCAUUGCAUUCGACUUCUUUUACACCGAUGUCACGGGAGGUGAACUAGACUUCAUGCGAAGUGCUCCUAAGGACAAAGAUGCGAUGGUUGUGGUGGUGGCUGUGGACAAGACGACAGGAAUGUCAAGAGCCAUACCCCUAGAGUCGAAAGGUGACCAAUCACUGGUGUAUGCGGCGAAAGAAAUCUUAGGCUUCAUAUCCUAUCUGGGAUAUCAAGGCGUGGUGAUCAGGUCAGACAAUGAGCCUUCUGCAACAGCCUUGACCAAGAUGAUUUGUCACUCCAGGACGAAGUUGGGUUUGAAGACCGUGGCGAGACCGUCACAACCUCAUGAGCAUGCAACAAAUGGAAUGGCAGAGCAAUGUGUUCAGAACAUUCGAGAUCUAGCAGCAACUUUGUUGGAACAGGUGAAGGCUCAAUCGGGAACGGAGAUUCGGACGAGAGAUGAGAUUGCAGGCUGGGCGCAUGUGCAUGCCUCAAUGCUUCAGAACACGUUUGCAGUCAGAGCUGGAACGACUUCGUUCGAGAAGGCAUUUGGCUUGGCCUACAAUGGGAAGUUGGCAUGUUUCGGCGAGGUGGUCCUGUUUGCGUUGAGUCAAGGCCAUCGAAAGAAAGGACGCCCGAAGUUCGUGAAAGGCCUGUGGCUUGGAAAAUCGCUGGUGAACGACAUGCAUGUGUGUGGAACAGCGCUUGGUUUGUACCUGUCAACAACGGUCCGGAGGCUGAAUCCACAGGAAAGGUGGAGCAAGCAUAUGCUGAAAGAAUUCCAAGGCAAACCGUACAAGUUUUCGUUGAGCAGCCUGGGAAAAGUCGUGAUUCCGGCUAUGAAAGACAGGACAAAGCCGAAUGUGGUACCGGACAUGCCAGUGAUGCCAAUGGAAGGACCAAAGGAGGCAGCGUUGAAGGCACCAGAUGAGGCAGGAUCUGACUCCUCAAGUUCAUCAUCGCAGUCAGGUGCAAGACAAUCUAGCAAUGAAGAGCCAGGAGGGGUUUCGACACCAUCGUCACAGCAUGCUAGCUCAGCCCUGUCGGAAGGCAGAACUGGUGAUGGCGUGCGAGAAGAGAUGGACAUCGAGGCAGGAACAGGACAGAAGAGAUCUGAGCCCGAACCAAGUGACAAGGAAGAAGACAAGCGUGGAGAAAAGCGACCGAUGCCGGAGGAGAAGAACGUCCCGCUGAAUGCACCUCCACUUUAUGCUGGGAGCUCAUCGCCACCAAAGACCUCAAGGGUUUCAACCGUGAAAGUUGCAGAUGCUGAGUACUACACAUUGGAUGAGCACCUAGAAGAGGAGUGGGGUGACAUGGAAGAGUGGGAGAUUUGGUCUGAGGUAGAAGAUGGAGAAGAGAGCAUUGAUUGGGGAGAGCUUUGGCGUAACAGGACUGAGAAUGAGGGGCCUCCAGAACUGUCGGAACACGAGAUGAGCCAAGUAGAUGCUGAGAGCAGGAAGACCGAAGUGAAGCGACUCCUUGACAUGGGAGUGUUGGAACAGGUAUCGUCCUUACCUGAGAACGCAGAGUUGUUGCAGACGAAGCAUGUGAUGGACUGGCGGUACCGUGAGGCGAAGUGGAAGAGAAGGGCGAGGUUAGUGUGCAAGCAGCUGAAGAUAUGGGACCCAAACAGGACAGACGUGUAUGCCCCAAGCACCAAUCCAUCAAUUGCAAAGCUGUUGCCGGCCCUCAUGGUUUCCCGACCAGGGUGGCAAAUGGUUAGCUUCGACGUGAAGGAUGCUUUCCUCGAGGUGAAGCAGCGUCAAGAGCUUUAUGUGAUGUUGGACGGCCUCCCAUAUAGAGUCCAUCGUUGCUUGCCAGGACAGCAGGCAGCGUCUGCGUGGUGGGGAGAACAGCUGGCGGCGGACCUGGCUACAGCUGGCUUGGUGCCAGAUGAAGCAUGUCCGGCAGCGUUUGGACAGCCAGGUUUGGGUGCAACAGUUCAUGUCGAUGAUGGCUUGCUAGCUGGAACCCCAGAGAGCACACGAAAGGUAACUGAGAUCGUGGAGAAGAAGUACAAGCUGGAAGUCUCAGAACCCGUGAAGAACAUAGGUGAUAGCCUGAAGUUCCUGAAGAAAGAGUUACUAAUCACCGAGUCUGGCAUUGAGGUGCGAGUCGACAAGAAGUACUUGGAGAAGAUUUGUGGUGUGUUGGACCUGAAAAGGCCGAGGGUGAGGAAAACGCCGUGCAGUCCAGAAAUUGCCAAAAUGGAUGAGUCAGAGCCCUUGCAGGAGCUGGAGGCUUCGAAGUUCAGAGCGGCAGUUGGAAGCUUCCUGUACCUCAGCCCAGAUAGACCAGAUGCCCAAUGGACCAUCGCACACUUGGCAAGGUCGAUGAGUCGGCCAACGAAGCGUAUGUGGAAGCAUGCCUGUCACUUAGCAGAGUAUCUGUUAGCCACAGCUGAUGUGUGUCUCACGUUGGCAUGGACGUAUCCGGGAAGGUCAAGUUUGGAUGAGAGAAAGCUCAGUCGAGAGGAGGCAACAAGGCUGCAAGUAGAGAACAGCGGCAAACCGGAUUUGGUUGAGGGCAUGAGCGAUAGUGACUGGGCUGGACAUUGGACAAGGGUGUCAUCGACGUGUGGCCACGUCUACUUGAAUGGGAACGCGACCUUCAGCUUCGUGAGGAAGCAAGGCUCGAUUUCUCUGUCGUCAUGCGAAGCAGAGCUCAUGGCAUGUUGUUCCACGGCAGCAGAACUGAUGUAUGUUGGGCACGUGAUCAAGACGCUUUCAAGCACACCCUGUCGGUUGUUAUGCCGGCUAGACUCGUCUAGUGCCCGAUCAUUGCUCCAAAAGCGUGGCGUGUCGAAAGUGCGUCAUCUGGAAACGAAACUGCUAUGGGUACAGAGGGAAACUUCGAGGGGAACCUUGGAACUGGGAACAGUGUCCACGUACCUAAAUACUGCUGACAUAGGUACAAAGGCGCUAAGCUCAGAACGCUAUGGAUUCCUGAUGUCUCGCCUGGGCUAUGGUGGCUUCGAGUGUCUGAGCAGAAACAAGCAGAAGUAUGAGCAGAUGAAUGCCAAGGUGAUUCGUUUGCUGGUGAUGAUGGAUGCAAUGAGAACCGCGAAUGGAGCAGAAGCCUUUGGAAGAGAUCGUGAGCUUGAGCAAAGUGGCAUCACGGUUAUGAGCGCCUUGAGCCUGGAGAUCAAGGUCAACCAAUGGGGUGGUGUUCUCCUGGUGGCUGCGGGUUUGGUGAUCCUGAUGACCGUGCUGUACAUGGUAUGGCAAAUGGCAUGGAAGGAAAGGCGACUUGGAGACCUACAGAGGAAGGGGAACCACUACUAUGUGGAGCAGAUGAACCUCUACAACCAGAUGAACCUCGACGACCAGAUGAACCUCGACGACCAGAUGAACCUCUACGACCAGAUGAACCUCUACGACCAGAUGAACCUCGACGACCAGAUGAACUUCGACGACCAGAUGAACCUCUUCGAGCAGAUGAACCUCGACGGCAAGAUGAACCCCAAGUCCGAGUACAAGCUCAACCUGUGCAUCAAGGUGGACACGGGUGGAAUCAGAGACAAGCACAUCGUGAUGGGCGACAUGUUCGGUUGCUCACUCGUGAGCAAGCAGUCCGUGAAGGAUACGAAGGAUGCAGGCAAUGCAACCCAUGAUGAGGACCCAGAUGGAGCGAGAUGA